GCAGCAGUGGGGAAGAUUCAGCGCACAUUGCUACGAUAGGUAUCAUCAUUUUUCGGGAUCAAGACGAUGGAUGUGGGUUCAUCCGGAUCUAUUCCUGCGAAUACGGCGGACGGGCGCGAUUCUUCUUUCUUUCUUUUCUUUUUUUUUAUUCAAGACGCAUCCACAUCUUCCGUAUGUUGCAAGGUGUCUUUGAAAAGGGAGCGGAGGAAAUGAGAAGAAAGGUCUAUUUUGACUCACGCCUGUCGAGAUGGAGGCAUCAUUAAGAAGACCUGUACAUUCAAGAUCAAACACACCUCAUUAGAUCAUUAAGGAUCACUGUCAUUCUGCGUAAGAGCAAAGAGCCAUCUCUUAGCUGUGACCUGCAAUGUUUUUUUUCUAUGAGCGCUGAAUCACAGCGAAGAUUGAUCCCACCGUCGACCCGAUGUAGGAACUGCUCCCUCCGAUUCCCACAACCUCUACUCUUGCUUGGAUUUCAGCAUUCAGUCAAAUCCACCAGGACAGAGUAUGCCAUCUGCACCUUUUCACAGAAUCCUACGACCCCUUCUGCUCGGCACGUUCAUCCUGGGAUGCUUUGUGACUCUGUUUUUGAUGUAUUUUAAACCAUCCACCAGCUGGUUAUCAGGUCCCGUAGAGUCAACAGCAUCCACAGACCGGGUUAAGAACCUCUUCUCCACCAAGAGUGAUAAAAACGUGACCACCGUGCUGAUCUGGCUCUGGCCUUUCGGACAAACCUACGACUUGAGUGUCUGCAGCUCUCUCUUCAACAUCGAGGGAUGUUUUAUCACUGCAGACAGAAACCUCUACAAUAAGUCAGAUGGGGUCAUCAUCCAUCACCGAGACAUCUGCACUGACCUGUCCAACCUGCCGCCGUUCCAGCGACCAUCCUUCCAGAAGUGGAUAUGGAUGAACUUGGAGUCGCCGUCACACUCGUCCCAGCUGCCUGGGAUCGAGAACCUGUUCAAUCUGACUCUCAAUUACCGUCAGGAUGCUGACAUUGAAGUGCCUUAUGGGUCCAUCGUAGCGGCGGAGGGCGAGGAGGACUUUGUCCCGCCCAGCAAAAACAAGCUGAUCUGCUGGAUUGUGAGCAACUGGAACCAGGAUCACGUGCGGGUGAAGUACUACAAUGAGCUGUACAAACACAUCGAGGUUCAUGCGUAUGGACAAGCCUUCGGGGAGUACAUCUCUGACCAAGACUACUUCCCCACCAUCGCCAGCUGUAAGUUCUACCUGGCUUUUGAGAACUCCAUCCACAAGGACUACAUUACUGAGAAACUGUACAACCCGCUCUCUGUGGGGACAGUGCCAGUGGUUCUCGGCCCGCCCCGGCAGAACUACGAGAACUUUAUCCAGGGAGACGCUUUCAUCCAUGUGGACGACUUCACCUCGCCCAAGGAGCUGGCUGAUUACCUGCUGCUCCUGGACAAGAAUGAGGAAAUGUACCUCAGGUACUUUGAGUGGCGGCGGCACUUUAAAGUAAAGAAGGCCUAUUUCUGGGCAGAGCACACAUGCCUGGCUUGUGAUUACCUGCGUAGGCACAAGGAGUAUAAGGCAUUCAAUAACCUUGAUAAGUGGUACUGGGGUGGAUAAUGCUUUGAAGGGCUAUGCAGUGCUUGUUUUGUUGUUGAAGGCAGUGCUUUAAGAUUUUUGUCCUUCGGUUGACAUGAAGGUUCAUUACUCUUCUGUCCAGAGCUCCCGAAUGAUGUUUUUCUAUUGGUUCAGUGGCCCGGUGAGAUGUCUGUCUUGUUUGUUUGUUUUUUUUUUAAUUUGCAAGCCAAUUUUGCUAAGCCUUACUUUGCCUUUUGAGUUAUCAGUUAUUAUUUGUAUUUAUUUUUUAUGAAUUACAAAUGCACUACAUUUUUUUUAAUUAUUUCAACCCAUGUUUUGCUUAACAUGACCACAUUUGCUGCUAUUUUUAAUGUUUUUGUUGUAUUAUUAGUAUGAAUGCUUGAUUGUAUGAAUGUUCCUGUGUAACAGAUAAUAUUCAUGAUGCAAGGUUGUCAUUUUUUCUUUAAAUAUCACCUUCUCAUGAAGUGGCACACAGCAGACCUUGCUGCAGAAGGAGACUGACAUAAAAGUGAAAAUAUUUAUGUAAUAUUUAUUCAAGUGAGGCAUUAUAUGAUAAAAACAAUCUCAUCUGUGCUAGUGAUGCUGUCACCUAUGCAGUGUUUACUGAACUCAAAUGUGAAAGUAGGUCAAUUGUGUCAUGUACAUAUUGUGUACUUUUGGAAUUAUGUAGCUGUCAUUUUUUCAUAUUUUUGUAUGUUUGCAUUUGCACUUCUAAUUCAACUGUUACCUAUCUUUACAUAUGUACAGUAAGACAGACGGUCAUCGUAGUAUGUGGUUGUUGAUGACAUAUGGUGAUCAUUACUCCGGUAGUCUCCAAUAGCAGAUGUGACUCUGCUCCGUGAGAGGGAGGUUACUAUUUUAAUCAUGUUAUGAAUUGUUCAUUGUCACAUGUAAUGUGUCACAGUGCAGUUGGAUCCCAUGUGGAUGAUGAUAGUACAGUACAGUCAUUGUACUGCGAUGUGAAAGUCCCACUCAACCCAUUAUUUUGCAUUCUGAUUCGAUCUACAAAAGUCUGUAAUUUCUAACUGAUACGGUGACGGGAAAGAGCAUAAAAAUUAUACAUAACUGAAUCAUUUUAUUAAGCGAUUUUUCUGUGUGUACUGUACUCUCAUCCUACAAUUUGACUUUUAAAAAUGAACACUGAUAUUUUCAACUAUUUGACCAGAUCAGACCAUGUGAGCUCUACCCACAUGUUUGGGACCUGUUAAGGAAAAAUGGGAGAUAUUCACGAUUACUGUAGGAUUAUCCAUGUUUCUGUCUUUGAAUCAUCACACCACAAUGUUGCCUGGGGAGUUGGCAGUUGCAUGUGAAAGAUAUUCUUCUGGAUUUUUUUUUUUUUUUGUUCGUAUACAAUCCUGUUUACAGCACAACACCACUCAAGAUCACACUACAAAAAGACAGCUCUUCAUCUGUUGAUAUCACACCACUUGUAAAUGUUGUCAAACAGCUAUUUCACUGAACAAUGCAUCUCAACAGCACCCAGCAGCUAUUGACACGAUGGUUACGUUUUUACUCAAGAACUGUGCAAAACCAUGUCAACAUUUUAUGCAAGAUAAACCGGUGGCUUCUUCUAAAAUAUUCUAACGUGUCAGGUUAUUAUCAUUUUGAUAUUUCUUCACUGUCAAAGGGACCAUUGAUGUAAAUUAUGAUGAAUUCAAUUAUUUUUCUUAUAUAAAUAUGGCCCUAAAUGCCAUAACAAAACCUGUAUAUAAACCUUGUUGUAAACUGAAUCAUCAUCUGGAUCCAAUGAGCCCACUAACACAGAUCAGUCCUGUCUGUGAAUCUGAACCAGACUGAGGGAGCUCCUGCAGUGGUUGCAUUCAUGGAGAAAGGAAGCAGUGUGUUGUAUAUAUUUUUAAUGUUCAAAUCUCUUUGAAACAUGCAAGUGUUGUCAGGCAGUGAAUGUGAUUUCGCUGUAUCUUUGUAAGUAAAGCUUGUGCUUCGAGAGACUGUGAAUCAAGACGAAAGGAGAGAGACACUUGAAAAGGAUAACCAGCGUCAGAGACAAUGGUUUUAGUGUUGUAAGGUGGACGAUUUCAUCAGGCAAUUUUACACUGAAGAAGUUUUUUUUUUUUUUUUUUUCCUGAUUAGGCA